AUGUGGCUACUGUCCGCUCAACUGACGCGGAAUUGGCGUAACGAGGGACUCUGUGACGUCUCUCUCUUGUCUGAUAGAUCAAAGACUUGGGCUUUAGGGCUCAAGCUUCACGACCCAAACGUGUUUGAGUCGUUGGAGAUUUUGAAGUCUCGGCUUAAAGAGACGAUUGAGCCGCCGAGAGCCGAGUUCAGAGCACGCUCUGCACUCUUGAGGCUAAAGCAAGGUAAGCGUGACAUGUUCCGAGAGGACUUCCAUACGCUGGAAAAGGCGAUAGCGUAUGCGGAACAAGAAGACUUCAGCCUGACACAGUCUCAGGACAACUCGUCCAACUAUCGUCCGAUGAAACGACAGGAAACAAGAGGUCCCGAACCAGUGGACCUCUGUUACAUCGAGAGCGAGAACUCUCGCUCUCUGAGUCACAAUCGAACGGCAAGAUGCCAUCGCUGUUAG